AAAAAUCAGGUACCUCUUGGUUAUUUUGCUUUUUUCCGGUUUUGUAACACUCGUCUCCUGUUUCAGGAGGAUCAUAACUCACCACGCACUACUAACAAUUCUGCAAUAAACCAAAUUCCAUGUUUGUCAAUGUUACCACAAUUUCAUUUAUUUCCCACCUUUCUGCGCUCUUCGCUGGCGCACCUGUUAAAAAAAUUUUUUUUGCGCUAGCUAUAAAAGGCUGCUUCCCGCUCAAAAACGUCCCUUUUGUGUUUGUGAGUGUUCAAGAAUGGACGGAGCGAAGAAAGUAACCGACGAAAAAAUCAGGACGAAGGAUAAUAUCGUGGCCUACGAGACCAUUCUGAAGGAGCGCGUUUUCGAGGAGUUCGGCGAAAUUGAUACCUUUACACAACAAUUUGAAGCGUUAACGACGAACUAUGAGAGGGUCACUUAUAUGUAUGAUUACAUGGUGAGGUACGAUCUGCUGAAGGGCCGAUAUUGGAAGGAUUUGAAGAACGACGAGGUGGCUCGACGCCACAAGAAAAAGGGGGAUAACAACUUCGCGAGAGGAGAUUUUCCGUCGGCUCUGAAGCAUUACACCAGGUGCAUUAUGAAAGCGGAGAGUGGCGUGCUUCGCGGCUUGGCCUACGCUAAUAGAUCUGCGGCUUUGUUCAAGCUUUCCUUGUACAGGGAGUGUUUAGAGGACAUCAAGCGAGCUGUGGGAAAUAAUUACCCUGGAAGUCUGCGGCCUAGUUUACUAUAUCGCCGAGAGCGGGCAACGCAGAUGCUGGGAAGAACCAGAACACCGAAGUACCACGAACGCACCCCAACCCUCCCUAGAGGAGCAAGGAAUCGCAAUACACCGCAUGCGCAUUGUAUCAAGCAGAUACAUGUUGAGCUCGACGAGAACUCAAGACGUAGAGUAUUGGUUAACAACAUAACACCGGCAGGCAAAUUAAUUUCCGUAGAAACUUCGAUGGUGAACGUGGUGUCGGGGAAAUCCGAUUUGUACCAUUGCCACCAGUGCUUAAACAUAUGCUACAACCCCACCCCUUGUCUGACUUGCACCCAGGUAGUUUACUGCGGCCAAAACUGUGCUUUAGACGCAUGGUACGACUACCACCAGUACGAAUGCGCCAUUUUGAGCCCCCUGAAGCGGUGGGUGGGUUACUGCAAAUCGUUGCUUGUGGGCGUCAAAAUGAUAUUCUUAGCGAAGCUAGAACAGUUUCGCAAUGAUUUUGAUAGAUAUUUAAAUCCGAUUGAAAACAUUGUGAAGAAAGAUGUCCCUAAGGAUAACAUGUUUUUGGCGCUGGCUGCAAGUGUAAUUUAUUACUUCAUAAGGGAUUUUACAAAAUUCUUUCCGGAAGAAAGCAAAAGAGAUCCAAACUUCGAUAAUCAGUUUAAGGACGAUCUGUUCAAAUAUCUGCAUAUGGCGUAUGUUUUUUCUGCCGAAAUCACCGAAGCUAAACAAGUUUUUGGGGUUGCUCCGCUAAGACCUUUCCAAGAUGUUUACAUUGAGAAAGAGUCCUUUGGCCUUGGUAUCUAUCCUUUCUUUAUGCACUUUAGACACGCUUGUUGUCCAAAUGUCGUGAUUCAUCACUAUGGCUCGACGAUGGUUUUAAGAACGACGAGAAAGUGUUUGAAGGGGGAAGAGCUUUUUGUCAGUUAUGGGCCCCACUAUUACUACCACGACCAACGUGACCGUAGGAAUUUUAUCUGGCGCAUGUUUUACUACGAGUGUACAUGUUUGGUCUGUGAUCGUAAUGUCCCUAUCAUGGCCAUAUUGGAGGAAUGUGUUACUGAAGAACGCUACAAAGCCAUCACAGCUAAAGCCACCAAAUGCUUUGUGGAUAAAAUCGUAAACACAAAAGACGCUCUUGUGGACCUGGUGGACGCCAUCGACACAGAAUACAACGUGGAGAAAUACUUAUACACCCUAGCAUUAUGGUACUACUAUGACCUGUUGGGAAAUAGAAGACGCGUUCCUUAAUUUUAAAC